GUUGUAUAGUAAAAAAUAUAUAUGAGUAAGUAAGUACAUUGACGUUCUCUUCCUAAGAUAAAGCGAAAGAGCAGGGAUAAAGUUAUCCUCUUUAGGAGUCGACAAUUGAGUAAGAGAGAGAGAGAGAGAGAAAGAGAAAGAGAAAGAGAUAGACGCAGGAGCACGGACGGGUAAGCGUCGCGACGCCCCGAGGGGCACCCAGAGCCAGAAGCUCCGCCCCUGUGGAAGUCGAGCGCCAACCGGACCGCAGAAGUUGAAGGUGCGGUAGGAGGGGCCACCGUGUCGCCUCCAAGGACAGGUAGUCGACGAUGAAGCCGUACGACUUCCGCCACGCUCAACCAAACUUUAGUAUCGCUUCGACCCUUGUACUAGAGAGACUUCUUAUUUCUUCUCGUUUUAUCAAUUUUUUUCUGCUAUUUAUUCCGUCUCGUUCAUCCGCUCUCUCUCACUUUCCGUCUUUUUCUUACACUCUCACCAUCACUCUCUCUACAUACGUCCUUCCCUUUUUCUGAUUCUCUUGUAUAUUUGCAUAUAUUAUAUAUAUAUAUAUAUGUGUGUGUGUGUGUGUAUGUAUGUAUGUAUGUAUGUAUCUAUGUAUGUAUAUGCAUAUACACACAUAGAGCUGAAAGACAGUGCAUACAUAUUAAACUUGGUGUCACGUAUAAUUUGAUGGACACUAACAAUGUGACUUUCACUUGACUCUGAGAAAAAGAAAAACAAUAAAAAAAAUAAAGGGAUAUAUCAGAGUGUAAGAGUGAUUAAUAGAAGAACGUGAGGAUUUUCAAUAUUAUUGUCAGAGAGAAAAUAGAAGGAGGAGAUAAAGAGAAGAAUUUACUUUGAGAAAAUUGUUAUCAAUAAUGGAGACUAAAAUGGAACCUCUUACGCCACCGCAUACACCACCGUCGGUGGACAGAUCGAUGCAGCAUCAUCUUCAAAUGACCUCUACAGUACCAUCGCCCCGUUGGAUCAGGUCGCAACAGAUGUCCGGUAGAUUUGUUCAUCAUCAUCAACAACAGCAACAACAGCAACAGCACGUGCAAUCGACUCAGCAAAAUAUUGGUGGUUAUCAAGCAACAACUUUUUUGGACAAUUGGCUAAGAGGUGCAGCUUUGUUAGCUGUUAGAGGAUGUUGUCCGCAAAGUUCGCCUCAUUAUCAUCAUCAUCAUCAUCAUCAUCAUCAUCCCCAUCAACAACAACAUCAACAUCAUCAUCAAACUCAUCAAGCUUUACAUCCACCACUUCCGGUACAACCACCGGCGCCCUUUCUUACGCGAAAAUUGCCUGGGCAACGACCGAAGAAACAAUUCAUUUGUAAAUUUUGUAAUCGACAAUUUACCAAGAGUUAUAAUUUAUUGAUACACGAACGUACGCACACUGACGAGAGACCGUACUCGUGCGAUAUUUGCGGGAAAGCAUUCCGCAGACAGGAUCAUCUUAGGGAUCAUCGAUAUAUACACAGCAAGGAGAAACCAUUCAAAUGUGCGGAAUGCGGAAAAGGAUUUUGUCAGAGCAGAACAUUAGCAGUUCAUAAGAUUCUACAUAUGGAGGAAUCGCCCCACAAAUGUCCGGUCUGUGGGAAAAGUUUUAAUCAGAAGAGCAAUCUGAAGACGCAUCUGUUGACGCACACUGACGUUCCUCAGGAUCUUAGGAUCGAGAGCACAGUCUAUGGAGAUUCGAGAGUAACAAGUUCAGCUACGACCGUUAGACAAAUGGCUGAAAGAAUAGGAACGCUUAGAUCAAAUCAAAGGAGCAGUACAGCGCCCCCGAAACUUGGAUUUAGUAUAGAAGAUAUAAUGAGACGUUAAGAUAUACAUACGUAUAUUAUUAUUCGUUAGAUAAUUACGUAUCUCUCGUUUCUUCUUUUCGUUACGUUAUGAAAGGAUAUCGAGUUUAUUUAUAAUUUCAGUGUUUUUCUUUUUUUUUUCUUUUUUUUUCUUUUUUUUUACUUUUUUUUUACUUUUUUUUUUGUUGAAUUCAUUAGACCGAUCGAAUUUGACAUAUAUAUGCGUACGAAGAGAAAAAGUAUCACGUUGUACUUGUCGUCGUUUGUAAAUAGAUUCCUAAUCGUAUAGAUAAAACGUAUUCUGCAUUUGUUCUUGUCUUGAAUGUACAACUGUGUAGCGGGAAGCGGGAGGAGGUUAGAGCAGGCGGCAGAAGAGAGAAUAAAUGUUAUAUAUGAAUAUAUAUGUUCACAUAUAAGUAGCAAGACAGUAUUAAUUGACAAACUAAAGAUAUUAGACAGUUGAUACGAUUUAUAAAAGUCGAUUAGUUUAGCGAAAUUGAAAUGUUUAUUCAUAGUAUUAUUAAUUCUUGAUAUGGGGAGAAAGAGAAAGAGAAAGAGAAAGAGAAAGAGAAAGAGAAAGAGAAAGAGAGAGAGAGAGAGAGACGAGACGAGAGAGACGAGAACCAUGUGUAUCGAGUUUUCAUUUAAACUCAUGUAAAUAUUGACAUUGUAUAUAUGUAUGUCAGUGUUAGUUCGAUAGAUUACACGUCAUAUUACUAUUAUAAUAUUAUAAAACGUUUAGGACCAAUCAUGUAAUAGAAAAGUCAUUGGACAAUUAUUUACUACUACGUAAUUCAAUCGAUAUUCGUUGUGUAUGUAUGUAUGUAUAUGUACGUACGGGGUUGUGUUUGAUAAUCAUAGAGGAGUAAGAUACUAUAGGUAUUUUUAUCAAUAAUAACGAUGUCAUACGUAAUAUUUGGUGAACAGUCAUCGUUCUUCGUAAUUUUAAGCGGGAUCAAAAUUUAGACGUUAAGUAAAAUCUUUCGAAAAGUAAGUUAACUCAAUCCUAAUUUACUAAUAUUUAAAUUCAAAUCGAUAACUCUUGCGUAUUUGCGUAUUUACGAUGUACGUUACGUGUAUUGAUAAACAUUGCGUAGUAAGAUACUAUAGUAAGUUUAUCAAGAAUGUCAGUGUAAUCUUUGAUUCUACGGAAAGUUAGGACAGAUCAAAAUUUAGGAUGCUGUUAAGACCAAGGCGUCAAAGUAAUUGCUCGAUCCUAAAAUGGACAUGCAACGAUCUCUAUCUCUUAGAAUAGAAGCUACAAAAGACGUUUCCUGUUGGUUGUAUCGAAGGCGUUAAUCGAGUUUCCUUUAGGAGGUAUAUUUUUUUCUCUUUCUCUCUAUUUCACUGUUUUCCGUAAAAUUAGGAAUUCUCGAUCAGAUAAGAGCCCGCGUAAAAGUGUGUUUGUGUGUGUGUGUGAGAGAGAGAAAGAAAGAAAGAAAGAAAGAGAAAGAGAAAGAGAAAGAUAGAAAAGGGACACCUCGUUGGUUAUCUGUGUCUCACCUUUUCUUUUUCUUUUUUUUUUUCUUCCCUUCCUGUCUUCUACAGUGACCUGUAAAUUAGUCCCAAAGCUCGACCAUUUCUUUUCUUUUAAUCUAGGAAAGAUAACUCUCUUUCUUUCUCUCUCUCUUUUAGACCACCCACGUAUAUUCUAAGCGUAUUACAUAUAUAUAUUUAAGUAACCACGCGCGACUGGAUUUGCUUAUCUUCGAUACAGGAGUCCUCUCAUUUCUUUAUCUCUUUCUUUUUUCUCUCUCUUUCUUUCUCUCUCUUUCUUUCUUUCUUUCUCUUUUUUUUUCUUCCUUUUUAUUUUCUUUUCUUUUCUUUUCUAACUUAAAAAGGAUCACAUGUAAGGGUAUCUACUAAAUGUAUGUAGAGAUAACUUAUGUAUUGUUGUAUAUAAUUAAUUCCCUACGCUCUUUUUCUCGUCACAUUAAUAUUAGAAAUAUAAUAGAAAUAACGUUAGUCGUCGCUUUGGGAUCUUUAUCAAUUAA